CCGUGGUGUCUGGGUGUGUAGGGGUGUGUAGGGCCGUGGUGUCUGGGUGUGUAGGGCCGUGAGAGGCGUGGUGUGUAGGGGCGUGGUGUCGGGGCGGAGAGGGCGAUCCCUGUGUGUGUAGGGGCGGAGAGGGCGAUCCCUGUGUGUGUAGGGGCGGAGAGGGCGAUCCCUGUGUGUGUAGGGGCGGAGAGGGCGAUCCCUGUGUGUGCACAUGGGGGGUGAGGAGCGGCGUGCGUGGCGGGCAGUGCCCCGUCUCUCUCCGCUCCGACUGACCGGCACGCUCCUGCUCCUGUGUGUUGCUGUGCGGGUCGCCGGGGGCGACGGUGACGACUACACGCAGCGCGUGUCGCAGGCCUCCCAGUGCGGCGAGUACAGCAACCAGCUGCAGGAGGAUGGCACGUGCCGCCUAGUGGCCACUCUGCCCCAGAUGGACGAGCAGCGCUGCCCAGACAUGUUCCGCUGCACCGACGAGGUGGCCUUCUGGCUGCGGGAGAACGAGGAGCGCAAGCAGCAGAUCCUCACACUCAAGGAGACCGUCUCCGAGCUGCAGGAAGAGCUACGCAACCACCGCCACCGCGUCAAAGUGCUGGAGCUGCAGAGUGAGGAGCGUAACCGUGUGAACUCGUCGCUGGAGCAGCGCGUCCAUGAGCUGGAGGAGCACUAUGCCGAGGCCUCCACCGUCAUCGAUGGAGCAGCGUGUUCACGAGCUGAGGAGCACUAUGCUGAGGCCUUCACCUCUCCUGCACCGCGCCGGGACCGAGACCAGCGGGAAACAGCCUUUUCGGAUCGGGCUGAUGCAGCUAGGCAGGUGCAGCAUGUGAGGAACUGCCCUAUAGACUGCGCCUCCAUCUACUAUAAUGGGGUGCGUCGCUCAGGCGUCUUCACCGUGGUGCCGUCGCUAGGGGCAACCCCUGUGGAGGUGUACUGUGACAUGGAGACGGACGGUGGUGGUUGGACGGUGAUACAGCAUCGGCAGGACGGCUCGGUGAACUUUGACCGCAGCUGGACCGAGUAUAAGGAGGGUUUUGGGGACCUCCACACGGAGUACUGGCUGGGAAACUCCCACAUCCACGACCUGACCAGCCAGGGGGACUACACACUCCGCAUCGACCUGGAGGAUUGGAGCUCCAAGCACAAAUACGCCCUCUACCAGAGCUUCAGCAUUGAGGACGAGGCCACGCAGUACCGGCUGCACGUGUCUGGCUACAGCGGCACGGCGGAGGACUCCUUCAGCUGGUACCACGACAAGCAGGGCUUCAGCACGCCCGACACCGGCAACGUAUGCGCCGAGAUCUCCCACGCCGGCUGGUGGUACAACCAGUGCUUCUACGCCAACCUCAACGGAGUCUACUACAAGGGAGGGCGGUACUCUCCUAAAGCGAAGAACCCACUGGGUCCAGACGGGAUCGUGUGGUUCACCUGGAAGGACUCGGACUACUACUCCCUCCGCAGGGUCAGCAUGAUGAUCCGCCCACGGACCUUCAGACCGCACCUGUCCCCCUGACCACACCUGUCCCCCUGACCACACACACAGACCUCACCUGUCCCCCUGACCACACACACCGACUGCACCUGUCCCCCUGACCACACACACAGACUGCACUUGACCACCUGACAAGAGAACACCUUCAGACCGCACCUGACCACACACACAGACUGCACC